AUGGCUCAGGUCACUGGAAAGGUUGCUAUGCUUGGCCAUUCCUUCGUCAAUCAAUUACAUAGCCACUCUCGGUUACCAUUUAAUCUGAUUGAGGUCGAGGUGAUCAAUGAAGAUACGUUUCGGUUGUUGAAAAUUAAUUCUCCAUUGAGAAAAUCCAAAGCUAUAUUACGUACUUUCACAGGUUCAAAUGAUGAUGAACAUUUGGAAAAAUUAUCUAAAGUUUUGGAGAAAUUUUCACAGUCUGGUUUACGUUUAAAAAGAAGCAAAUGUCAGUUCAUGACAGAGAAAAUGAUGGUACUUGGACAUGUAAUCAGUGAACAAGGUAUUCAACCAUGUGACGCCAAAGUUAAAGCUGUUUAUCAUGCUCCUGUGCCUACAAACAUUACAGAGUUAAAAGCCUACCUUGGUUUAGUCAACUACUAUCACAGGGGGAAACCCGAAUGGGUAUCAGGUGUUAUUGUGGAAAAAUCUGGACCAGUAUCAUCUCGUGUCAGGUUAGAUCAUGAUAAUCGUAUCAUCCGUCGUCAUCAAGAUCAUGUGAGGUGUCGAACAGAUCACGAUGAUAAUCAGAUUCCGAGUUGUGUUUCUGAACGGGUUCAAGAAAUGAUACCUGAAGUACCAAUACAGUCAUCUAUUCCUUUGAUUGAGACUGAAGGGGACAAAGUUUCCAAUGAUGUUAUUGAAACUGCAUCUUCAUCAGAAGCUAUACCAAUUUCUGUUCCAGUAUCUCAGAAUCCGGUAGCUGGCACUCCUGAUGUGCAAUAG